CACUUUUUUUUUUUUUUUAACUUUGGAAAUAUGUUGGGAGGGAAAUUUUUAGUCUCUCCAUGUACAUUUUCUGAUUAAACAUCUUUUCCUGUAAAAAUCCCAAAUUACUUAUAGCUGAUACUUGGAGAUGUUUAGCCCUCACUUGUCCUUCCUCAGUGCCUUAUCAUGGGGUCCAGUAAGAUGUGCAGGCACAGGCAGGUGGGCCUGGGCAUUGACAGACCUGGUCCAAAUCCUGGCUCUGCCUCUCCUCUGCUGUCUGAGCCUGGGCAAGUCACAUGACCACUGGGAGAGUCAGCUUCCUUAUUUAUCAACAUACCCAUCUGGUAGGGUAAGGCUUAGAAAUAAUAUAUGAAAAUACAAAAAUUAUUAAAAAUUGCAAGCUGUGUAUUUUGCCUCUUUUGUUCCCCACCUUUCAAAGUACUGGCAGGCAGUAUUUCCACCCCAAUUUCCCCACCCCCAUCAAGGAUAUCUGGAAACCUGACAUUUAGAAAAUUAUGUAUUAAGAUUUGUUCUUGAUUAAAAUAAAGGGAUCUUGGGAUAGAUGAAACAUCUGAAGUCUUUGUUAGCUAAAGAUUUUUCUGAUGACUGGUUUGGGCGCCCAGAGAAGAGGAGGUCAAGAAAAGGAGACAAUGACCUCACAAGGUUUUUUUCAGAUAGUCCAUGUGGAAAAGAUUAUUAUGAAAUACCACAUACUGUGACCUGUAUCCACAGACAGCAAUAAUGAAUAUCAAGAGCUUACUAUUAAAGAAAAAAAUUAUUUUCUCAAAGCCUAGAUGGUGAGCUGGAUAGGUAGGACUUGACCUAAGACUUAUGUUUUUAACUAUAGGAAAUAAACAAACAUACAUAUGCAUAACAAGGGUGCAGAGUGGAAAGAAAGUAUGAGAAAUACUGAGAAAUGUAAUUCUCUAGGACAAUACCGUGAAUUUCACAACUCAAAUAUGUGGGGAGAUAUUAAUAAAGUUCUUGGUAAUUGUAAAUUGAGCAAAGAAAAUAUCCUUCCAGUUCGUAGAAAUAUGUAUCACAUAUACUUAAUGAAUUGAGACCUUACAAGGUGACCUGGUACUCAAGGGAGAUGUUAUUAAAAAAAAAUAAAGUGUUGAUGGAGAAGAAGGUGUUCAUGUACAGUUCCCUUGCUGAGAAUGUGGGUCACAGUCGAAAGAGAUUCCAAAAGUAAUGUGAUAAUACUGCAUGUCUACUCAAGGGCAACCAGUGGAAAUGUUCUGAAUCAAAAAUAACUCAGCAUUUGAGAAUUCUAAGAGGACAUUCAGUACAUCUCCAUCCAGAGAAAUUGGGAAGGAGGGAUGAGUUCAUCUGUUUCAAGAUUUUUAAGGGAUUAAAUUGAGUUAUGUUAUAAAUUUAUUGUUGAAAAUGUUAAAUCUCAUUGCUAAUUGAAUUUCACUAAGAUUAAGACUUCAGGGAAAGCUGAUAUUUAUCUGUUAGGCAGAAAUCAGUUAAAUUCAAUUAACUGAUUUUAAAAACAUGUUUUUUGCAGUCUCUGUGUGUAGACCAAGGCUGUAAAACUCAAUUACAUGUUAAGUAAUAAUGCUAUCACAUUCUGGUUAUCAGAAAUGGUAGGUCAGUCAUGCUGAAAUUCAAAAAAUGCCAUAUUGGGUAUAUGCCACUUCAGCAAAUAUUCUAAUAGCAAAGUCAUGUAUAGCUGAAGAAGUCCUAACCUUUUCUUUUGCUUUCACUCAAUAAUGGUUAUAAUAAAAUUUCACACCAAGAAAGGAACUUGGAAACUCCCUUGGCCUGUUAUUACACAAUUUGACCUGAAAUUCAUUUGUGAAUUCAAGAAGUAAAGAUGAAAUGACAAACAAAGCUUUUCUAGUUAUUACUCCUUGGAAAUCAUAUGGGUUCAUUCUGUAAUAUGGUGUGGAAAACUAGGAAUAAAAGAAUGUUUUUUUUUUUUUCAGAAAAACAAUCCAUAUCAUGAACUGUGUUAGAAGAAACUAUACUAGACACAAAAGAAAAAAAAACAGAUUAAGAAAGGAAAAUAUUGCUAGUCUGUGUAGGAAGGUGACAAAUAGAAAAGGCAAUAAUGGAAUUCAUAAUUUUUUGAUGGUGCUUGAUUUGGAAGAUGAGAUCAGGGUUUAAAUAUGGAACGUGAGUUUUCUUUCUGGCAGUAAUAUGCCAAUCAUGCAGACCACCCCUCUGAAUCAGAACCAUAUUGUGGUUUAUAACCUUCAGGGAAAGAGACUAGAUGACCUUCCUUCACCUUUUAGAAGAGCCAAGACAAGUCACAUAAGGUAGAAAAAAGUUUCCAGGAAAAGGAGUUGGAAGAAGCUACCUCUCAUUGACUACUGUCACUUUGGGUCACUGGAAAUACACAGACGUGCCCAGGAUGUGCGUAGGAGCUUUGGGGAAGUUGGAGACAUUAACCCUGAGUGCCACUGAGCAGAGAAGACUUCAAAGGCCAGGCACAGUGAAAGAACCAGAAGCCAAUCAGAGUGAAGGGGGCUGUUUGAACAGAGGGAGAGGGGCAUAUAAAGACUAAGGGCUAGUGGUUUCUCUCUCUCUCUCUCUCCACUGUCUGUUCUAGUGGACUUUCUGCCAAUCUGGGCAGUUAUUUACAACUCCAAGAGGACAAGAAGGGUAAGCAUUCGGCAGCUUCUUUGGUGACCAGCGACGUCAUUUGGCAGCAGGCUAAAGUGCUUGCAAUUGCACAGACCAAAGAGCAUGCUGAACAGUGAUGUUCCAGUUUAAAAGAACAGAGCUGCAAACAAAGAAGUGCCACAUGGUGAGAAAAAUGGAAUUAGAAAUACAAGAAGCAGAGUUGUAGCCCCUGCUCAUGCACUUAUGCAUUUCACUGCCUUGGGAUCUAGAGGGUGAAGGGGAACCAGAGCGCACAAGGGAACUGACUCAGGAGGCAGAGAAGAUGGGCAUCCUCAGCGUAGACUUGCUGAUCACACUGCAAAUUCUGCCAGUUUUUUUCUCCAACUGCCUCUUCCUGGCGCUCUAUGACUCGGUCAUUCUGCUCAAGCACGUGGUGCUGCUGUUGAGCCGCUCCAAGUCCACUCGUGGAGAGUGGCGGCGCAUGCUGACCUCAGAGGGACUGCGCUGCGUCUGGAAGAGCUUCCUCCUGGAUGCCUACAAACAGGUGAAAUUGGGCGAGGAUGCCCCCAAUUCCAGUGUGGUGCAUGUCUCCAAUCCCGAAGGAGGUGACAACAGCGGUGCCCCGGAGAAGACAGCGGACGGAGCUGAAUGCCACCUCCUUGACUUUGCCAGCGCUGAGCGCCCACUGGUGGUCAACUUCGGCUCGGCCACCUGACCUCCUUUCACUAGCCAGCUGCCAGCCUUCCGCAAGCUGGUGGAGGAGUUCUCAGCAGUGGCUGACUUCCUGUUGGUCUACAUCGACGAGGCUCAUCCUUCAGAUGGCUGGGCGGUGCCUGGGGACUCCUCUUUGGCCUUUGAGGUGAAGAGGCACCGCAGCCAGGAAGACCGAUGCGCAGCGGCCCACCAGCUGCUGGAGCGGUUCUCCUUGCCGCCCCAGUGCCGGGUUGUGGCUGACCGCAUGGACAAUAAUGCCAAUGUAGCUUACGGGGUAGCCUUUGAACGGGUGUGCAUUGUGCAGAGACAGAAAAUUGCUUAUCUGGGAGGAAAGGGCCCCUUCUUCUACAACCUUCAAGAAGUCCGGCAUUGGCUGGAGAAGAAUUUCAGCAAGAUGAAAUCUAGAUUAGCUGGUUGAAGGUAUGAUUGUAAUAGAGCUUAUUGUGUUGUGUUUUGUUUUUUUUAAUGAUGUAAAGAAAAGGAAAUUAAGGACUGAAUUCAUAUUUCGACUGAGUCCCAUUGCCUUACUGAAAGACAGGAAUUUGCCUGUCAGAAGAACAUAAACCCCUAACCUGACAUCUCAGUACUUCUUUCACCACUCAAAUGACAUGGGGCUAAAUAGUAGCCCUGUCACUUCUCUUCUUAGUGAAAAGCCCUAGUGGAAAGAUCCUAAGAUGGAGAGGAAGAAACCCUGACUCAGCAUGUGUUCAUUCUGCUUUGAGAAAGAAGUUGAACAGCCGAUGCAUGCUUUGGGACCAGAAGAAAAGACUUUACCUGAGUAAUUACGAUGUUAGGGAAGCUACUGUCUAUGUUAAGAUAAAGGGUAUUGCCUUGGCUUUAUUCAGCAUGGAUAGAGCCCAGCUGGAAAAUUCGCAAAUAUUUACUUAUAAUGAGUCCUUGAAUCCGGGCCCUGUGGUUAAAACCUUGGUGUUUAGUAUGUUCUAGUUUCUAGCAAUGCAGUGCUCUGUGUCAGUCCACAUAGCCCAAAAUUCACAGGUGUAUUUGUAGAUACCAUGAAUGAUCCUUUAACCUGGAGAGUUACAGUAACCAUCUGACAUCUGAGGGUUAUUUUCAAGGCAGGUGGAGAAAGCACUGGGAAAAAAAAA